UUAUUCUCCCAUUUUUGUUUUGGUCUUACACAUUGCCCGUCCCCAUCCUUUGGGAUCAACAACCCCAAAGGACAUUGGAGAGGUUAAAUGGCCAACCCCAAACUUAGUGCUUUUGGGGCAGCUCUGACAUCCCUUCCCUUUGCUUUGGGUAGGCAGAGGGGGCACCUUUGGGGACAAAAGGGGAAUGUCUUUGUGUGCCAAGGUCUUCUAAGAAUUUCCUGUCCCAGCUGAGACAACACGCACCUGUGCUAAACUUUAAUCCUAUUCCCAACCCCCAAGCAAACACUGCUUUGGGUCAUGAGAAAACCAACACCUUGCACAGCCCAACGUUCCCUUUUUCUCCUCCUCCGUGGGCGGUGGGAUUUGGGAUCCAGCACCUGCUGUUACCUCUCCCAUGUCCUGCCCUCUUUGAGUCACCGACGGCUCCAUCCGGUUCCCAGCUCCCGGAACGGGUUUCACCCAACCUUGACCACACAGCCCGGAUCCUUCCCACAGCCCUGGGAAUUUGGGCAGCUGGAGGGGGCCGGGCUGGAGGGCAGCAGGAUUUAAGAUGUCCCGAGGUGCUGUGAGGACCUGGGAGGGAUUCAGUCGGCUGGAAAUGAGGGUUCUCCUGUUGCUGGCUGCCCUGGGGGCAGUGGCUGCUGCCACCACUGAGAACUUUGUUGGGCACCAAGUGCUACGCAUUGUCCCCAACAAUGAUGCCGAGCUGCAGAAGGUGCGGGAGCUGCAGGAGCUGGAACACCUGCAGCUGGAUUUCUGGCUUUCACCCCGUGGCCUUGGGGACCCGGUCGACAUCCGUGUGCCCUUCCCCAGCCUGCAGCCCCUCAAAGUCCACCUGGAGGCCAAUGGCAUCCCCUACUCCAUUAUGAUCGAGAAUGUGCAGGCGCUGGUGGACCUUGAGCAGAUGCAGAUGCUUCGUCGCCGUCGUUUUCGGCCACUCUCCACCAGUACCUUUGAGUACACCAGCUACCACACCCUGGAGGAGAUCUAUGCCUUCAUGGACCUGCUGGUGGCUGAAAACCCAAAACUGGUCAGCAAGCUGGAGAUCGGCCGUACAACAGAGAACCGCCCCAUCUACGUGCUGAAGUUCAGCAAAGGUGGCACAAAUCGCCCGGCCAUUUGGAUUGACACUGGCAUCCACUCCCGUGAAUGGGUGACACAAGCAAGCGGCGUUUGGUUCGCCAAGAAGAUUGUCCAAGAGCAAAAUGGAGGUCUGGCCAACAUCCUGGACCAGAUGGACAUCUUCCUGGAGAUCAUCACCAACCCUGAUGGCUUUGUCUUCACCCACACCUCGAAUCGUAUGUGGCGCAAGACCAGGUCCAAGCGAUCCGGAUCCCUCUGCGUCGGCGUUGACCCCAACCGCAACUGGGACGCAGGGUUUGGAGGCUCUGGGGCCAGCAGCAGCCCCUGCUCAGAGACGUACCGUGGGCCCUACGCCAACUCGGAGCCAGAGGUGAAGGCCAUCGUGGACUUUGUGAAGAGCCACGGGAACAUCAAAGCUUUCGUCUCCAUCCACAGCUACUCCCAGCUUCUGCUCUAUCCCUAUGGCUACACCACCGCCGCUGUGCCUGACAAGGAGGAACUGCACCAGGUCGCAAAGAAGGCUGUGGAAGCUCUGUCCUCUCUGUAUGGCACGCAAUACAAGUAUGGCAGCAUCAUCACCACCAUCUAUCAAGCAAGUGGAGGAACCAUCGACUGGACCUACAAUCAAGGCAUUAAAUACUCCUUCACCUUUGAGCUCCGGGACACGGGACGCUACGGGUUCCUGCUGCCUGCCAGCCAGAUUGUCCCCACUGCCCAGGAGACAUGGAAAGCACUGGAGGUCAUCAUGGCACAUACACGGGAUCACCUCUACUGAGCAGGAUCCGGAGUUGAGCGGUGGCUGAGUUGACUGGGGAGAAGAAUGCAAUAAAUAAACAGGGAAACAAACAAAGAAAUGA